AUAGAUUCAUAAAAUAAUUUUCCAUCUAAACAACACAUUUGAUUAUCCCAAUUCCACCACUUUCCCCAAAUGUCCCUCUGUUUCCAACAAUGAACAACAAAACCCUAACCCUAACUCUGAUCCCACUCUCACACCUCAUCAUCUCUUUCAUCACACGUGAACACCACUAACACUUUCCUGUGAAAUACCAUGGCUGAUGAUGACGCCGAUAAAUCAACCGAAUCCGAUAGCAGCACUUGGGAUUUUGGCGGUGAAGAUACGCAGGUGUUUGAUAGCCAGUUUGUUGAAUCUCCAUCUUCAUCAUUCGGUAACAGAGGCAAUGGUGAUACAGAGCAGUUGCAUUAUAUACAAAACACUGUUCCUUUUGAUGACACCGUCAUGUGUGGAGAUGAUUUAGCAACCCAAGUGAUGGAUCAUGAUGGUGAGACCCAAGUGAUGGAUCUUGAUGGUGAGACGCAACUGGUUAACCUUUGCGGUGAGACUCAAGUGGUGGACAUUGGGGAUGACGUAAUGGACAUGUUUGACUCUGUUGAAAGAGACGAGACUCAGUUGUUUGAUGGUUAUGAUACUGAAGAAGUUGUGGUUAGUGAUCAUGACGGAAGUGGUAAGACUGAAAUUGUGGAUGACUCUGAUGAAGCUUCGGAUGAUGGUUCGGGUAGGAGAGAAUGCGUUAAUUCGGCAGACGUAGAGCGCGCGAAGGAUUUGCAUCAGUGCAAGGAGGAUAUGAAGGAUUGCAAGUCAAAUACGGAUUGCGAAAGGAGUGAAAAACACACUUCUGGCAUCGGUUUCAAAAGCUUUACGUCAAUUCGUGCAGCAUCUAUGCGGGCUGCAGGCCUGGCAGCACUCAACAAGGCUUCUAAACGAAGUAACACUCCAUCACAUCCCACUUUGAAUUCCGAACCCGACAUUGAACAUCGAAGAGUACUCUCCGGAGAAAGUCAAUCUCAUGACCUGGAGAAGGUCAACCAAAAUAGGUGUGAAUUUGGUAGGUCAACUGCAAGAAAACUUUUCGAUGAGGAUACACUUGCGGAAACUGGAACAAAAGAGGUAAAUGACAAAAUUGACCUUGGCGGAGCAGCUAACUCGCCUGUAUUGGAUAGUGAGUUGGGUCAGUUAAGCUAUAUUGAUUCUCAAGAACCUGGGGAUGCGUCACAAGCAAACGCACUUAACUUUGUGGAUAACUUUCUGAAAGUUAAUAUCGAAUGUGAUGAUGGUUUCGGCAUUGGACGGUCAACCGGAGGCAAAUCAAAGCCGGUUUCGGUUUCAAGUGCUAAAGGGGCUCAAACUUUUGCCAAAAGUGCUAGUCUUAUCGAUGCGGUUGAUAAACGACAGGCGUUUUGUUGGGAUGAUAAUGUUGAAGAUGAAGGAGGAGGCGAAUUUUUUAGAAAAAAGAAGGAAGUGUUCUUUGCUAGCGGAAGUCGGAAGCUAAAAUCUUCUGUUCUGUCUAAAAGCAGUAGAAAGUUGCGACAAUCGGAUACGAAAUUGGCGUCGGGUAAAAAUAAAGAAAAUCAUAAAGCAAAGAAAAGCUUAGGAACGGUCAUAAAGGAAUUGACUUUGCGGAAGAAUCUUAUAAAAGAAUUGGAUAAUGUUUCAACAGAUAAGCCAAUGCCAAGUGGCACGGAUAUUCGUAGAACGAUUCAAGAAACGGCCGAUGUUCGGUUCGACACUCAAAUGGCUGCUGAAGCAAUGGAAGACUUAUGCUUUGGGUUGCAAGAAACUGAUCCUGAUAAAAGUCAACCCCUACCCUUGUCUAAUGACGGAGUCAGAACAACACGGUCAAAGUCAAAGAUGAGUAGUGAUCGGUCAAAGGGAGUGACGCGCACCAAGUUGGCUGCUAAAACGCGUGAGAAUUUUGACAAUGUGGCGUUUGAUGGGGCAAAAAGAACAGGAAAGAUGCCACGGAAAAGAAGAGAACUCGACAGCGUAGAUGCUCCGGUUUCAUCUGCUGACCAGAUGUCAGUAAAAAAACAGUGUGCUCGUACAACGAGGCAAUCUGUAAAAAAUAACGAGCCAAACAAGGAGGUAAACAUCCUUACGGGAUUCUAUCCAAAAGGCAAAAGAACUAGUCGAAGGUUAUCAUCUACCAGAAAAGAAAUCAGUACACAAUCAAUCUCUAGAUUAACAAGGUCAAAAGCUACUACUUUGACCAAACAAGGCAAAGGGUCAAUGCGAGAAAGAGUUGAACAAAAUCUUUCGGUAUGCACUACUCCUGUAAGCCAUGGAACACCGUUAAAAGAGUCAUCUCCGAUCUGCAUGGGAGAUGAAUAUUUAAAGCAGUCAUGCAGGAGACCGUCUCUUAUGAAAGAAGUCAGCGACUUAUUUAUUACUAAUUCCUCUUUUACAUCUCCAAGCAAGGAAACGAGACAGAGGAGAGACGUGUCGAUGAUUCGUGCUCUGUUCAGUCGGCAUUUAGAUGGAGAUAUAAUCAAGCAGCAAAAAAAGAUUUUAUCUCGCUUGGGGGCUUCAGAAUCAUCUUCAAUGUCAGACGCAACACACUUCAUAGCAGACAGUUUUACUCGUACGAGGAACAUGUUGGAAGCAAUCGCUCUCGGGAAACCCAUAGUCACACAUCUCUGGCUUGAAAGCUGUGGACAAGCUUGCUGUCACAUUGAUGAAAAAAAAUUCAUACUGCGAGACGCUAAGAAAGAAAAAGAACUUGGUUUUAGUAUUCCGUCUUCAUUGGCACGCGCAUCCCAACAUCCACUUCUAAAGGGACACAGAGUCUUGAUUACACCGAAUACAAAACCUGGUAAAGAGAUCUUAUCGUGCUUGGUCAAAGCAGUUCAUGGCAUGGUGGUUGAACGAUUGGGCAGAAGCUUACUGAACGAUGAUAAAGUUCCUGAGGGAUUGUUGAUUCUGUCAUGCGAAGAAGAUUACGCAGUCUCUUUGCCUUUUCUUGAAAAAGGAAUAGCGAUAUAUAGUUCAGAGCUGCUACUCAAUGGCAUUGUUACUCAGAGGUUGGAAUAUGAAAGGCAUCGUCUAUUUUUAGACCAUGUAAAAAGAACCCGUUCGACAAUCUGGCUGAAAAAAGAUGAUAACCAGUAUAAGCCUGUUGGUAAAGUGAAGUAAAUGUAGCUUUGAAGAAUACUUAUUGAUGUAUCUUUGCACAUAUGGUCCGGUCUGACCACUUGCAUUUGAUUUUUUUUUCUUGUUUCUAGUUCUAGCAUGUAAAUGUGAGAACCGGGUAGCCUUGUUUCUUGUUAUAAUGACCGAGUGGUCUUUAGGUUAUCGGUUUGAUUGAGAUGUACAGUUUUAAGCGAACUCGAGUUUUUCUAUGAACACGUUAAUGUCGUGGGUUUGCUCAGGAGAAAAAAAAUGUUUAUUUUACCA